UGCAGCUGUGAAGAGGUCGGACACAACAGGCAGGAUGGGCGACCUGGCCAACAGUUCCAUCGAGUUCCACCCCAAGCCCCAGCAACAGCGGGAGGCCCCCCAAGCAGGUGGCUUUGGGUGUACCCUGGCUGAGCUGCGUUCCCUCAUGGAGCUCCGAGGGGCUGAGGCGCUGCAGAAGGUCCAAGAAGCCUACGGGGAUGUCAGUGGGCUUUGCAGGAGGCUGAAGACCUCGCCCACAGAGGGCCUGGCCAACAACGCCAGCGACUUGGAGAAGCGCAGGCAGAUCUACGGGCAGAACUUCAUCCCCCCAAAGCAACCCAAGACCUUCCUGCAGCUGGUGUGGGAGGCCCUGCAGGACGUGACCCUGAUCAUCCUGGAAGUGGCCGCCGUCGUCUCCUUGGGCCUUUCCUUCUACGCACCACCAGGAGAGGAGAGCGAAGCAUGCGGGAACGUGUCAGCCGGGGCGGAGGACGAAGGGGAGGCUGAGGCCGGCUGGAUCGAGGGAGCCGCCAUCCUGCUGUCGGUCAGCUGCGUGGUGCUGGUCACGGCCUUCAACGACUGGAGCAAGGACAGGCAGUUCCGGGGCCUGCAGAGCCGCAUCGAGCAGGAGCAGCGCUUCUCCGUCAUCCGCGACGGCCAGCUGCUGCAGGUCCCUGUGGCUGCCCUGGUGGUGGGGGACAUCGCACAGGUCAAGUACGGAGACCUGCUGCCUGCCGACGGCGUGCUCAUCCAAGGCAACGACCUCAAGAUCGACGAGAGCUCCCUGACCGGCGAGUCGGAUCACGUGCGCAAAUCAGCGGACAAAGACCCUAUGCUGCUCUCAGGUACUCAUGUCAUGGAAGGUUCUGGAAGAAUGGUGGUGACUGCUGUUGGUGUGAACUCCCAGACAGGCAUCAUCUUUACCUUGCUUGGAGCUGGUGGAGAGGAAGAGGAGAAGAAGGAUAAGAAAGGCAAGCAGCAGGACGGGGCAAUGGAGAGUAGCCAGACCAAAGCUAAGAAGCAGGAUGGGGCGGUUGCCAUGGAAAUGCAGCCCCUGAAGAGCGCAGAGGGCGGGGAGACGGAGGAACGGGAGAAGAAGAAAGCCAGCGCGCCCAAGAAGGAGAAGUCGGUCCUGCAGGGCAAGCUCACCAAGCUGGCCGUGCAGAUCGGGAAAGCAGGACUGGUGAUGUCCGCCAUCACUGUCAUCAUCCUGGUCCUCUACUUCGUGAUUGAGACGUUCGUCGUGGACGGCCGGGCGUGGCUGGCCGAGUGCACGCCCGUCUACGUGCAGUACUUCGUGAAGUUUUUCAUUAUUGGUGUCACGGUGCUGGUCGUGGCCGUCCCGGAGGGCCUGCCUCUGGCUGUCACCAUCUCCUUAGCUUACUCCGUCAAGAAAAUGAUGAGGGACAACAACCUGGUCCGCCACCUGGAUGCCUGUGAGACCAUGGGCAAUGCCACUGCCAUCUGCUCAGACAAGACGGGCACACUCACCACCAACCGUAUGACCGUGGUCCAGUCCUACCUUGGGGACACCCACUACAAAGAAGUUCCAGCCCCCAGUACCCUGACCCCCAAGAUCCUCGACCUGCUGGUCCACGCCAUCUCCAUCAACAGUGCCUACACCACCAAAAUACUACCUCCAGAGAAAGAAGGCGCCCUCCCACGCCAAGUGGGCAACAAGACGGAGUGUGCUCUGCUGGGCUUUGUCCUGGACCUGAAGCGGGACUUCCAGCCUGUACGGGAGCAGAUUCCGGAAGAUAAGCUUUACAAAGUCUACACCUUCAACUCUGUGCGCAAGUCCAUGAGCACGGUCAUCCGCAUGCCCGAUGGCGGCUUCCGCCUCUUCAGCAAGGGUGCCUCGGAGAUCCUGCUGAAAAAGUGCACCAACAUCUUAAACAGCAGCGGUGAGUUGCGCAGCUUUCGCCCUCGGGACCGGGACGACAUGGUGAAGAAGAUCAUCGAGCCCAUGGCUUGCGAUGGCCUCCGCACCAUAUGUAUUGCCUACCGGGACUUUUCUGCCGCUCAGGAGCCCGACUGGGACAAUGAAAACGAGGUCGUGGGCGACCUUACCUGCAUAGCCGUCGUGGGCAUCGAGGACCCUGUGCGGCCCGAGGUCCCCGAAGCUAUCCGCAAAUGCCAGCGUGCUGGCAUUACAGUCCGCAUGGUGACCGGGGACAACAUCAACACAGCCCGAGCCAUUGCAGCCAAGUGUGGCAUCAUCCAGCCCGGGGAGGACUUCCUGUGCCUGGAGGGGAAGGAAUUCAACCGGCGCAUCCGCAACGAGAAGGGCGAGAUAGAACAGGAGCGUCUGGACAAGGUGUGGCCCAAGCUGAGGGUCCUCGCCCGAUCGUCUCCCACCGACAAGCAUACUCUGGUCAAAGGGAUCAUAGACAGCAACACUGGCGAGCAGCGGCAGGUGGUGGCCGUGACCGGGGAUGGCACCAACGAUGGGCCAGCCCUCAAAAAGGCAGACGUGGGCUUUGCCAUGGGCAUCGCAGGGACUGACGUGGCCAAGGAGGCCUCAGACAUCAUCCUGACCGAUGACAACUUCACCAGCAUCGUCAAGGCCGUCAUGUGGGGCCGCAACGUCUAUGACAGCAUCUCCAAGUUUCUGCAGUUCCAGCUGACCGUCAAUGUGGUGGCUGUGAUCGUGGCCUUCACGGGUGCCUGCAUUACUCAGGACUCUCCUCUCAAAGCUGUGCAGAUGCUGUGGGUGAACUUGAUCAUGGACACGUUUGCCUCUCUGGCCCUGGCGACGGAGCCACCCACUGAGGCGCUGCUGCUGCGGAAACCGUAUGGCCGGGACAAGCCCCUCAUCUCUCGCACCAUGAUGAAGAACAUCCUGGGCCAUGCGGUGUACCAGCUCGCCAUCAUCUUCACGCUGCUGUUCGUCGGAGAGCUCUUCUUCGACAUCGACAGCGGAAGGAAUGCACCCCUGCACUCGCCGCCCUCGGAGCACUACACCAUCAUCUUCAACACCUUCGUCAUGAUGCAGCUCUUCAACGAGAUCAACGCCCGCAAGAUCCACGGCGAGCGGAAUGUCUUUCACGGCAUCUUCAGCAACCCCAUCUUCUGCACCAUCGUCCUCGGCACCUUUGCGAUUCAGAUUGUCAUCGUCCAGUUCGGCGGAAAGCCCUUCAGCUGCUCCCCCCUGUCCACGGAGCAGUGGCUCUGGUGCCUGUUCGUUGGGGUCGGGGAGCUGGUCUGGGGACAGGUCAUCGCCACCAUCCCCACCAGCCAGCUCAAGUGCCUGAAGGAAGCAGGGCACGGGCCUGGGAAGGACCAGAUGACUGACGAGGAGCUGGCCGAAGGGGAAGAAGAGAUUGACCACGCUGAGCGGGAGCUCCGCCGAGGCCAGAUCCUCUGGUUCCGCGGCCUCAAUCGAAUUCAGACGCAGGGGCUGCUGGGCCUGGGGCAUGACCUGAGAGCACACCUCUCUCCAGAUCUGCCUCCAGCCUGGCACACAGGCUCAUCGCAGAGAACCUUUUACACAAUUUGCCCGAAGUGCCCUCCAUAGCCGGAGCCUACCCUGCCGGGGGUCUGACGCCCCUGCGUACGAGCUCGCCAGUUGUUGCCUCAUGGAGCUCAGGCUCAGCACCCCCUGCCACUUCUUUCCUCCCCAGGGCCCAGCCUCGCCUUCCGCCACACGCUCUCAGCCUCCCACUGCUUCUCCAGCCUCCAAUGACCCCAUCCACACCAUGGCCCCUGUAUCCUCUCUUCGUGUCUUAAGGGUCAAGUCCAGAGUUCUGACCGUGGCCUUCAAGCCCUUGCCUCUUAGCUUCACCCCACCCUCCCUGUGGUCCUGUCACCCCUGCUGCUUUUCCAGACGCGCAUUCGCUCUGCCUCUGUGCCGGUCACCCAUUGGCCCGGGGCUCCCCAGCUCUCCCUGUGUUCCUUUGGGGUGUCUCCUCCUCCCGCAGCACCACCUCGUGAAGCCUUCUCAGAGUCCGCCCCCUCCCGCCCCCGUAGGCCCCACGCAGCCAUCGGGGCUCUCAGCCCAGGGCUCUGGAGUCAGGGAGGAGCCGAGUCCUCUGGGGAACUUUCCAAAGCCGCAGGGUCCUGGGUUGCUCCCAGCGCUUUGGGAUAUAGUAGGGGCACGUAAGGUGGCCUCCAAAGAGUCCAUGUUGAAGGAGCUGCCCAGAGACGCAAGGGGCUUCUCGCCAGCUCUCGGGCUCAUUCCUCUUCGCGUCCCGAACCCCUAGGCCAGCGUGGCCAGGGAAGACUGUCUCAGGUCCGAAUGGAACGCUGAGUGCCCAGGGGAAGGGCAGGAAUAACUUCAUAGCCAGAUGGCCAGGUGUCUCCUCACUGCCUCACACGCAACUGCGAGUCCCUGCCCACCCCAUCCUGGCCCCAUGGGCUCUUGUCUGUCAUGCCCCGGUCCAGCUGCGGAGCUGAGAGCCAGCCUGAGAUAGCUGAAGCAGGGCGUGGAGCAUCACCGCCCAAGCUGCUGGUCGCUUUUCCAGCCGCUGAGAUAGCAGCCCUGCCCAGGGUGAGGCAGCGGGCGGGGGGGCGGGGGUCGGCGGGCGCCCGCCAGCUGUGUGUCAGUGUCUUCCGUGUGCAUGGGGGCUCUCGGGCUGCCUGGCUGCCUGGCUAGUGGAGCAGGUCUCCUCACUCAGAGUCUUGGAGUUCCGGGUCGUUCUGAUUAUCACCACCCAUAUAGACACUGGCUAGUCAGGUCACUACUUUGUACACGAUGAAGGGGGUCCAGAGAGACGGGGCCUCACCCCAGGUCACCCAGUGAGCGCCUCUGUCCCCUGAUCCACUAGCAUAAAUUCAUGCUCCUCAAGAACGCUGAACCAAUUAGCUACUUUUGCUAAUUUAGGAGCAUCUGUUCUUUUUGAUUCAAAAUACCUGCUUGAAAAACAGAAAUAAAGUCCCCCAGCUCAUAUGUGUACCCCAAGCCAAGGGAGUUGCCCUAGAUUUCUGGAUUUUGCGAACAACAGAGUUGCUCCCCAGACUGCGGAGGGCAGCACAGCUUUUCACGUUGCUAAGGCA